CUCCUCCUCCUCCUCCUUCUCCUCCUACACCACCACCUCGUUCUCUUCCACUCCUCUCCUCCUUCCUACAUCCCUCACUCCCUUUUUUUUGCCUGUCACAAGUCACACAUAUCCCUAGAGGAUAAGAUGCCAUGGAGGCCACAGGGAGAACAGCGCUUUAUAUCUGCUGCUCUGUUCUCUUCAUCUUAACAGAAGUCAACUCUGAGUUGAUCCACAUCCCUUCAUUAGUCCAUCAUGGUAUUGAAGGGGAGCCCCUGCGCCUGCCCGUUGAGACUCGCUUCCCGCUGGAUAAAGUUGAGAUCCAGGGAACUUGGUCCCACACAAGGCCGAGCGGCACUAGAGUGACAUUGGUGACGUUUACCAAAGAGGCCACAAUCACUGACAUGAUGUACCGCAGCCACCUUCACUUUAGUGAACCCAAUAUUUCUUUGGAAAUCCUGGAAUUAAACCAGGAGGACGAGGGAGAUUACCACCUGAACCUCAACAUAGAGUUUCAUAACAAGACAGGACUGGUUAUCAAGGAGGAGAGGACAGUGCAUGUAACAGUGGACGUCCCUGUGUCCCGUCCAGUCAUUGGGAAAAGCCCAUCAUACGCAGUUGUUGAGGACAAAUCGAACGUUACCUGGACUUGUUCUGUCAAGGAAGGAACAAAAGUUGUCUUCCAGUGGCUAAGGGAUGACAUCCCACUCGGUCCCAGUGACAGAUACCACUUCUCCCAAGACAGAUCUACAUUGUUUAUCAGUCCUGUGAGAAAGGAGGACAAGGGAAGUUACCAGUGUGUGGCCAGCAACCCUGUGAGCCAGGGGCAGUACAGCGGGACCAUGGAACUCAAUGUCUAUUAUGGCCCCUACAACCUGGAGGUGAAUUCUGGCCAAGGCUUGCGCACAGGAGAAGUGUUCACCAUCAACCCUGGAGAGCUGGUCUUCUUUGAAUGCCGGGCCGAUUCCAACCCACCCACUAGCUACGUCUGGAUCUCUAAGAGCCACAACGCCACCCAGGUCAUCACUGAGGGCCCGCGAUUGGAGGUGCGCUCCUAUAAACUGGCACAGGCCGAGGAGUACCUGUGCCGCGCCUUCAACAACGUGACAGAGAAGCAGGACGAGGCCCAGUUUACUCUGGUGGUGGCCAGUUUAGGACCAGGGAAAGAGAAGCACACCCAGGACCGCAGCUCUGUACUCCCACUGGCAGCCAUUACUGUCUGUUCUCUGUUCAUCAUCAGCUGUAUGCUGAUGUUCUUUAUCAGGAGAACCUGCCAUCCUAAAAGAGUGCUUAUGAGUAUUUACAACAGACCGCUUACAGAGCAGAAACGGCCGCAUCGUUCAGGUCACGAGGAUGCAACAGAAGACUUUGGCAUCUACGAGUUUGUCUCCAUACCUGGGAAAAUGGAAUCUGCACAGGCAUCGUGCAGAUCUCUGGCUCACCUGGAGUCAGUGCAGGAUAUGCACACCACCAUCUACGAUGUGAUCGGACAUGUUCCUGAAACCUCUAGUCAAAGUUUUCUGGAGUAACGUCUAGCUGGGAGAGUAGGAGAUAUGACUUACAGUCAUUCCACUUGAAGACUCCUGUGUAGCUUUAUUCUCUUCAGUCCCUGAAACACUGGUUUUGGUCGUUAUUUUUUAUUUGCACAACGGAUGAAGGAGACAUGUGUGAGUACAUAACCUGAUCAUGCACUGUUAAUGUCCAGAAUUAGGGACAGAUGUUAAUUGUCUUUUGCUGACGUUAUUGUGAGAUGAAAGUGUAUGUGUGGCUUGAAAUUUCUUUUAAUGUGAAAGUUGAAAGAUCACUGGGAUCAUGUUAAACUAAAUAAGUUAGUAAAAAACAUUUUCAUAUUAUUUUAAAGAUCUUAUAAGCUACCUACAAGGUAGCCAAAUCCCCAUAUCUUGACAACUAUUCAAAACAUAUGUUUAAUUUAAAAUACUUUAAAUACUUUGUUUGCCAUUUUAUUAAUAUCUUUUUAAUUUAACAUUUCUGUGAAGGAGAGUCUGUUUUGUGAAAGACAAGUGUUAUAAUGAAUGAAUGUUCGUGUAUGAAAUAUAUAUAUAUAUAAGUGUAAAUAUUGUACAUGGAUUAUAUUGCAGAUUCUUUAUACCUAUUACUCUAUUUCUAUGUCUUGCUCAAAUCUAUUUAUUCCUAUCGGACGACAUGCCCUGUUUCCACGAAUGUAGCAUUUCUUCUGCUCAACAUGAAAUGUGGAAACGAGAAAGAUGAUUAAUGAUUCCUAAAUUAUUGUACAGUUUGCAUUCACAUGUUUGUUUUGUACUUUAUUAAAGAUGUAACUGUUUACUACACUGGAUCAUUUUUUAAUAUUGUUGCCAACAACUACAUUGUCUUUUCCUUUGGACAGCAAUAACAGCCAGGGCUUGAAAUGAACACUUUCUUCAACAGAGUGUGAACAAAAUAAAUAAAU